AUGGAGGUUAUUAAAGUUAGGGAGAAGAUGGUGGGAUCGAAUUUGGUGAUUAAUGGAGAGGAGGAUGAAUCGGAUAUGAACUUAAAUGGCGAAGAUGAAAGGUUGUGGGAGACGGCAUGGAGGUUGCAUCGAAAUUCACAACUCCUCCUUUCAAAGAUUUAUCAUGCAAAAGACAAUUCUGCUCUGUCUCUAGGAAGAACAACUAAAAUAAAGGCUGGGACCUCUUGGGGAUUUCGUGGUAUUCGGAAGGCAGAAAACACUCUUUUACAAGGUUGCGCAUGGAAAAUUGGGUCUGGAUGCAAUGUUUUCGCAGGUAGAGACAAAUGGAUGAAUGGUCGAGUUCCUGUUUUCUCAUCCCAUGUGUGUUUGAGAGAUGCUCAAAAUUGGAAAGUAUCCGCGUUUAUAAACCAACAAACUUUUCAAUGGGAUGCGGUCAAGGUAUGGGAGAAUUUUGAAAGCACCGAUGCUCGUGCUAUUCUAUCAACAGAGUUACCUGGAAAUCGAAAAGAUGAUUACCUAAUUUGGCCAAGGCAUAAAUCUGGUAAUUACACUGUUAAAUCUGGUUACGCAUAUCUACAAGAUUUAAACAAGGAAGAUACAAAUGUGAACUUUCUGCAAUUGAAUCAAGCUUUCUACAAACAACUUUGGGCUUUUAAAAUUCCUCCCAAUUGGAAAAUUUUUAUUUGGAAAAUUAUGCUUCGGAGUCUUGUAGUAAAAGUAAAUUUACUUUCUAGAGGAAUACAAAUCGAUGUGGGGUGCCUAAUUUGUGGGGAUCAGGAAGAAGAUGACCAACAUGUGUUUCGUUGGUGUUCGAUAGCAAGACAGGUUUGGAUGUGUGGAUUUCUAGGAAUCCACUCUACUUUCAAAGAGAAUCUUUCCCUCCAAGAAUGGAUUCUCUACUAUAUCCGAUUUUUUAUAAUCUCGGAUGGUCAACAAGGGGACAGACUCCCAUAUUUUUUCAGUACUCUUUGGGCAUUAUGGAUCUCUAGAAACCAUAAAGUGUUCCGGGGACAGAAUCCCACAGUACAUGCAGUUUUAGCUCAGGUAGAAGACGUAAUGACUCAAUACCGGGUUUUACUGAUUGACAUUGGUCAAGGUAAUGAGGGUUCAAUAACAUAUCACCUACAAGUUGAUGCAGCAUGGCAGAAAAAUAGUCACCGUGCUGGAAUGGGCUGGUUUUUGUCGUCAACUACAGUUGUAGUGAAUGGAGAAAAAGAAGGCAAUGAUUGGGGUAUGGCAAGCUCGGCGUCCCAUGCAGAAGCGAAGGCUUGUUUACAAGGAAUAGAUUGGGCUAUUUCACAUUCUAUUGACUCAAUUUGCAUUUUUACAGAUUCUGCUACUUUAGUUACAAACUUGCAGAAUUUUGGGACCCCAGACUAUCAACAAGAAUGGACGCUUUCGAGCAUUCUCCAUAAAGGUAAGAACUUCAGCAGAUGCAUCAUUCACAAGGUUGAUCGAGAUCGAGUUCAACAGGCUCAUAACUUGGCGCAAGCAGCAAUUCAACUGGGAAUUCGUGUGGCGCAACAGCCUUUGGAGCCAGAUUAG